AUGAUAUUCAACCAACUCCAAGCAGCCGUACUCUUGCUUGGGCUGCAGGCGACAGCGGGUAUUGCAGGUAGUACCGCAAACUCCAUCUCCAAGAGAGAUCCCUGCGUACCACUAGCAAAUGGCUUCGAAGCAAUCGACGACUCUCCCGCCAUCAACGAUGCCUUGAAAGCCUGUGGUAACGGCGGCACUAUUGUCCUUCCCGCCGACCAAUUCUACAGCAUCCGCUCGCCAAUCGACUUCACACCGUGCAAGAAUUGCGAUUUCCAGAUCGAAGGACAACUUAUAGUUGCACGGGGUCAGUGGGACUACUGGCGGUACGGUUUCAGCAAUGGAUCGGUGCCGGCAUUCUUCCAUGUGCCGAAUGUACACGGAGCGCGCAUCCACAGCGUAACCGGCAAAGGUGUGAUUGAUGGGAAUGCCAUUGAGUACUACACAACUCGAUAUGACAGCGGCAUCGGGAGCACGAUAUCCUUCUUUGAGAUAAAGAACUCAUCCUCGGACAUCACAAUCGAGAACCUGGUGAUGAAGAACGUCAUGCACCGCUUCAUCCGUGCCCAGGGGAACAGCACAAACCUCACCUUCCGCAACCUCACUCUCACCAUGGAAGAACAAUGGGGUGACUAUCCUCGCAACCAAUACGAUGCCGCAGGCAUCGAACUCGGUAUGGUCUCCGGCGUCUCCAUCUCCGACAUUACAAUGGCCUUCUCCUCAAUGAAGACCCGCGUGACUGGACCCGUAGGAAUCUGCAUCCCCUUCGACGUUGGCGCGCACAACAUCGAUGUUAGGAGGGUAACUUGCAAAGGUGCCUGGGGCGGAGUCCUAGUCUCCAUGGGCGCCAUAGACUACCUCACCUCCCUCCUGCGCGAACCUGUCCCGCCUUCCCUCACCGCCGACACCAUCGGCAACAUCUACGUCUCGGACCUUACUUUCAGCGGCAAUUUAGCGACGGGCAUCAUGUCCUACUGGUUUGACGGCAACACGCACAACGUUACGUGGGAUGGAGUGACGGUUCUCGACGGGACGCCUGCAUUUGAGAAUCUAUGUUACCUCAAGAGUCAUAGUAAUACGCCUUUCGUGCCGAACUGCUUUGCGAAUUUGGAAGCAACGGUGACAGAUGUGUGGUUCAAGAGGUUCAGGGGGAACGGGCUGGUGGCGCCAGAGAAAGGGAGUUGGGAUAACCCUGGGAAGGCGGGUUAUAAUAAUAAGACGGUUAUCAGAGUUGGUUUUGAGGAUUGGGGAAGUCUUUAA